CCUGUCCUACCAGGGCUCCUGCCCCGCAGCUCACUCCACCACCACGCCGCCUCGGGAAAGAAAAACCUACUCUUCUCUAGAGCCUUUCUAGAUUCAAGACUGCCUUACACACUUCCAGGUCCGGCAGCUCAUCCCUCCUUCCAUAUCUCCUUAGACUCCCCCUAAAGCCUGGUAUUCCUGUGACUGAAUACCCUAGAUUUUGGGCUCAGGAGACUCCCAGGAAACUCUGAAGGACCAGGGGGCGUGGUGACCCAGACUGGGACUUGGGCGGGGAAUUCCAUUCAGGCAGUAGUCUUCCGGGUAGUUGCUCAGAGCCCCCUUGAGGACAGGGAGGUGACGAACUUCUGCCACUCCUCGACACUCCAGAAUCACAAACAACGGAGGCUGCAGCGAUGGCAAGUUCCAGGUACCCGGUGUCAGUCGGAGCGGCAGCCCUGGUACAGAUGGAGCGUCUUCAGACAUUUGCCUUCUCUGUGCACUGGUCGGAUGGCAGUGACACCUUUGUGCGCAGAAGCUGGAAGGAGUUCAGGCAGAUCCAGAAAACCCUCAAAGAGACCUUUCCAGUGGAGGCAGGCCUGCUGCGGAGAUCUGACCGCCUUCUCCCUAAGCUUUCAGAUGCACCACUGCUUUCUCGCGGAGGGCGCACAGGUCGCGGCCUGGCGCGCCUGCGGCUUCUGGAGACCUAUGCGCAGGCGCUGCUAGCUGUGGGCCGAGUGUUGAGGAGCCCGGUGCUUAUAGGCUUCUUUGAGCCACAAGCCCGGGACUUGGAAUCCGCACUGCCUCCCAACAGCGUGGUGAUUCUCCCUGCCCCGGAGCCAGAGAAGCUCUCACCCCGCUCUGUGGACAGCCUUGAUAUCCAGAGUCUGGAAGUUCAGAGCCUCUGCUGCGUGCAGCCUUUCGACACCCAGGACAUACAAGGCAGGUCCUUCCACGCAGAGGCGCAAGAAAGCCUGAAUGUGCUGCUGAGACACCCCUCAGGUUGGUGGCUAGUGGAGAAUGAAGACCAGCAGAAGGCCUGGUUUCCAGCUCCCUAUCUGGAUGAGAUGGCCCCAGAGGUGGGCCUGAUGCAGGAAUGCAGCGGGUCCCAGUUCUGUGCUUCCCGAGCCUACAAAGGCAUCUGCGCUGAUGAACUGUCAGUACCAGCAGGGGCACGUGUGCAGGUCCUGGAAACUUCAGAUCGAGGAUGGUGGCUAUGCAGGUACAUGAGUGGGAUUUUGGCAGACCCAGUCUGUGGUGUAGGAGUAGGGAAGGGGCCAUCUCUGAUCAAGCCCAUACUUUUCAGGUAUGGUGAUCAGGCCGGUCUGCUGCCCUCGGUGCUGCUACAACCUGAAGGGUUGGGUGCAUUCUUGAGUGUGCCAGCGAUUGUUAGCAGGGAGAACAAAGCUACCAGCCCACCUCCUGUCCCUGCCCACCCUCCACUGAGUACCAUCCAGCGUCGUUGCUGCACCAUCACACGAAGGGCACUGGCGCAGAACUCAGGGCCUCAGAACCCUCCUUGAGGGUGUGAGCUCAGUCUGCAGAAAAGUUGGCUGUGUACUGGACCCCACGCCAAGCAAAUGCCCAGGAUCCAGAUCCCUUGGAUGGCGAAUAGCUGCAUCAUUCACCAGGGCUGGGAAACGAAUGGAUUGGGGGGGGGGGACUUCCUACUUCUUUUGAAUAAAAUUUCUGGAAAACUCCACUUGGUCUUGUAGUACUGAGGGCAGUCUUUGGAACCACAGCUAGGUUGGGGUGGUCUGCCACAUUGAGACCAUCAGGUGCCAAGGUGCACCCUGGUUGGUGAGGGCUGUGUCUGGGGACCUGGGGGAAGAUAGCCCAGA